AUGAUUUUAUGGUUGUUUUCCCUUUUUGUAACAAUUUUUGCUGUUUGCCCAUCCGGAACUCAACCCUCACUGAAAGAGAAUCAAUGUCUGACGAUCGUCUUGAAUCAAUCCACUUCCUACGAGAGUUUCAACAUCGGCAUCUAUCGCCUCAACCAAACAUGGUUUUUCUUGGAUGACAAAUACAACUCAGCACCGAUCAGCUAUUUCAACUGGGCACCAGGCCAACCAUCCUCUCCAAAUCUUGACCUGGAUUGUGUUUAUUUAAACACCACCGAUUCCCUGUGGUACACAGAAAGUUGUACAGCUGUUCAGCCAUAUUUCUGCGAAUUGCCAGCACUGAAAAGUCCAAUGUAUUGUACGGAUACCGCAAAAGCUGAUAUCUUUUUCAUGGUUGAGUCGGCCUCAAAUGCGGAUGAUCAGUUCUUGGUAGAAGAAGUUUUGCGAGCCUUCGACUCGGCCAUUCAAACGCAAUGGUUCUCCAACUCGUCUUGUGAUUUCGGAGUUUUGAGUCAACAAAUCACCCGAGUAUCGGGCAUUGUCUACUACUCUGACAAAUGGUUCAACAAUCAACAACCAGAUUUUUGCAGUGAUCGCUUCUCAACAAUCUACUCGUCGAUUAUGACCGGAGGGAUCACCAAAAAUCCAUACCCAGAUAUUUCUAUCCCAAUUCAAGUUGCGCAAAACUACACAGAAGGGCUAAAUUGUAAUUGUCGACGAUUGGACUCAAAAUACGGCGUGAAACAGUUAAUGAUCUGGAUUCCGAAUAGCGAUCGUUACGAAGCCUCAUCCCCGGUUUCUCUGGAUCAAUUACCUAACUGGCAGCACUUCCUCUUGCCCAUCAAGUUCACCAAGGCUCAAGCGACGUAUCCUUUGUGGAUUGACUCAAGAAUGGUUGAAAUUGUGCAACCGGAUCGUGACAAUUUCAUCCCGACACUUGUCGAAUUUAUAUGGCAACUUUUAUGCGAGCAAACGAAUCAGUCUGGGCCAUUACCACCACCGCCGUUUAUC